AGAACUGGCAAAUCCUCAGAUUGCGCGCGGCAGAGGUGGUGUGUCUGUGAUUGAAUUAUUGAAAUUUGAAGGUAUUUUGCGUAGUAAAUGCGCUCUCGAUGUAACAGAGUGAUACGUUUAUCGAUGGUGUUCGAAUUUAUUAUCCGGUACUAGCUGCAACCAUCCUGUCUGAUUCAAGAAGGUGACGUGACAAUGCCUCUUUUGAAUAAGCAGCCAUUUUCAAAAAGUAAGCCUCCACCAGACUUGAGGCCUGAUGAGGAGGUUUUCUUCUGUGAGCCAACCAAAGAAGUGUUCAGGGAUUAUGAUAAAUUCUUUGAGCGUAUGAUUCUGUGCAACUCUCUGUUGUGGUCGUGCGAGAUGACUGGCAAGUCGGGCCUGACCUACCAGGAGGCCGCCGACUCGGAGAGGGACGCGCGCAGGUCGCUCAGUGCCGUCUCAAAGGAGCUGAAACGGGCAAUUCUUUACAUCUGUACUUUGACAAAGAAGACGAACUUCGGUGAACUCUAUGGUGACAUAUUUGCGUAUGUGAAGGAUCGCUACUUUAGAGGGGAAGCGGUCCUGGCAAAAAGAGGCUCCCAAUGGGUGGACUGCGUGAUACAGAGUGUCGUUAUUGCGGCCGAUCCCGAACUGAGCUGCAGUAUCAACGGACACACCAGCCAAGCGGGUGGCCCGGCGGAGAAGCGCCCGUCCAGCCGUCUGCCCUCGGAGGGUAUCUCCGCGCCGCGGGCGCUCUACCACGUGCUCCAGCCGGCCACCGGCCGACUGUUUGCCGUCCGGCACACAGACCUCCGACGAGACAAGGCCCUUUUCUCGCGCGAGCGGCUGCGCGUGCUGCUCAAACACUCGACCCGCGCGGACGACUCUGGGUUUCUGGUGGUGCGCGCUCCGGCGGCGCGGGGUCUGGACCUGGAUAAGGUGCAGUUUGGUGACCUGUUUGUGGGUGCUCCGCCCCGGUUUGCCGCCAAUAAGCCCGUGCAGAAACAGAAGCCUGCGACGGAGACGCGGCCGCAACAGGAGAGCAAGCCCGUCCGACCCAAAACCGAAAUGGUGUUCGAUGAAAAUGACGACGAGCCGCUGUCGUCUGUUCAGCUGGAGAUUCGACAGCGCUGGGAGGCCGAGCGGCGCCGGCUGGUCGAGCUCAAAGUCCAGGAGCGCGACAGAAAGCGGCACAGACGUAAACUGGUCACAGAGUGGCUCAAGGACUGGACACGGCCCCGGGAGGACCUGCUCUGCGAGGACCACCAGGAGCUGCCGGUGAUGCAGCCGGUCCACACGCGCGUGCCGGCGCAGCUGUUUGGCGGCUGCCUGCAGCUGCUGGAGUUUGUGUCCGGCUUCAGCCCGCUGCUGGACCUCAGCGACACGUUCCCGCUGGGGGUGACGCUCUCUGUUGUGGAGAGGGCGCUCUGUGAUGGAGAGGUGGCCGGAGCGCUCAGCGACCUACUGCAGGUCCUUCUGCGAGCGGUGUUCGAGUUACAGCGUGAGGAGGACGAGGAGUCGGGCGGCCACAGCGCCGCCGGGUCGGCCGCCGCCGCCGCCGACCACCUUGACCCGCUGACACUGACCGAGGUGCUGCGGCGACACCUGGCCGCCAGAGACGUCGCCGAUGAGUCCAGGUGGCGAUACCAGCAGCGUGGCGGAUACACGGAGUCGGACAACCCGACCGUUCAGUUCCGGCUGGACCACCCGGAUAUCAUGCAGAAACUCAACACAGAGUCGGUGUAUGACCUCACACCCGGUGAGCGUCUGGCGGUGCUGGAGUGUCUGGUCGGCGAGAUCCUGACCACGGUCACCGCUCGCGACAUGAUCGACGACGCCGAGGCCAAGCUGAAGGAACUCAAACAGCAGCUGAGGGUCCUCCGGAUCAACACGCAGGCCUUCCAGCGCGGAGUGCACGCCGAAAAGGUUACUGAGCGCCGGGAGGACCGCCAGCGGCAGCAGCAGCAGGAGCAGCAGCGGGCCGCCGCCGACACCUCUGCCGACCCGGCCACCGACGGUGACACGUCAGCCGACCCGGCGCCCGGUGCCGCGGUCCCUGAGCCCCUCACAGAGGAGGAGCGCGCCCGGCGGCGGCGCGACCAAGAGCGCCAGCUGGUAGAGUUCGGCAAAAAAGAGACGCGUCUCCAGGAGCAGAUCGCCGAGCUGAGCCGUCAGUUCUCCCUGACGCCGCUGGGCCGGGACCGCGCCUACCGCCGGUACUGGGCCGGUCGGGCGCUGCCCGGGCUGUAUGUGGAACAUGAUGAUGAUACGGUGGGGGUGUGUCUGCCGAACGCCACGCCGCAUAACCGGCAGCUGAGCGCGGCGGGUGGCGACCAGCAGGCGGUGCUCCGCCGGCUGCUGACAGACCGGCUCAUGAGCCGCGCUGGCGAGCAGCCGACCGCCUCCUCUGCGGCUAGUACGACCACCACAGGCAGUCCCAGCGACAAGGAGAACACUCCUGCGCCGGUACCUCCGCCAAAAACAUACACCAAGAAACCGGCGACUCUGACGGAGCAGAACCAGCCGAGCGGCGGCGCGGAGGCGGGCGCCGCGCCGGCAGAUCUGGAGGCCAAGACGCGUCUGGACGAGCUGGUGUCGGGAGAGCUGGACCUGGCCGCCGAACUGCGGGCGGUGCCGGCGGCUGACAGCCAGCCGCCCGACCGCCGGCUGCUCGUCUGUACCGGGCAGCAGGACGAGUGUCCCGUCCACUCGGCCAUCCUGCCGAGGACGUCCUGGAGCUUCUGUCCGGACCUGGAGCACCUGGAGCAGCUGCUUUCCACUCUGAACGAGCGCGGAGUUCGGGAGGCGGAACUGAAGGCGGCCAUACAACAGGCGGGUGACAGUUUGCGUCGCGGCAUCGAGAAGUGCCCCAAGAACGAGCUGAUCCCGGGUGCGGACCGGCGGCCGCGGCGUGAGCCGACAUCUAGCGGUCGAGAUCCGAACUAUAACUUCCCGACUGGCACGCCGGUGGCGGAGAUUCAGGAGCUCCUGCUGAGGGAUAUGAUACUCGAGUGCGAGGAGAAGAUCCGGUUCGGCUGUCUGGGCACCGUACAGGUGUCGGACCUGGCUCAGUGGCGUCAGGCUCUGGUGGAACGAUCCUAUGACCAGCAGUGUGACAAGCUCACCUGGGGAGCCGAGGGCGCCGGAUCAGUGGAUAACAGUGUGGACGUGUCUGGCACGAGCACCCCGCUCUCUGACCGCGAGGCGGCGCCGGUGGCCGCCGAGCUGGCGACCCGGCUCCAGCGGCGACACCUGGUCCGAUCACUGGCCUCAGCUGUGCUGCAGCUUGAGCAGGGCAUCGACAAAAAGUACCUGCAGAGUCCACUGGGUGCGUCGGAGAAGGCUCGCCGCGUCUGGGAGAGCUCGCUGAUGGCGAGCACCUCGCUCUCCCAACUGUUCGUCCAUUUCGCGCAGCUCGAGUCCUCCGUUCAGUGGUCGCGCUCCGCACUCAACGCGCGCUGCAAACUCUGCAGAAAGCGCUCCGACCCGGAGAAAAUGCUGCUCUGCGACGGCUGUGACAAAGGCUUCCACAUGUUCUGCCUCACGCCGAAAAUGAAGAGUAUACCGAAGGGCGACUGGUACUGCUCCAGCUGUCGGCCCAAGGAGAAGCCCAAGAGCCCAAAGAAGAAACGGCGCGCCUUCGUCGCCGAGGACCCCGAGUCCGAGGACGAGGAACAGGAGGACGAGGAGGAGCCUGAGGAGGCUGCUGAGGAGGAGGAAGCCGAGGAGGAGCCUCCGCAGGCGUCCUCCAAACGCUCCUCCCGCGGAGGAACCAAACGCUCCAGCGGCGGCUCGACCAAGAAGGCGGCGCCUGCCUCCCGGCGGACGCGCGAAGCGUCCCCACCGGCUCCCGCCAAAAAGCGUCGCGCCGGCUCUGACGCGCACGCCGCCGAUCGGCUCGACAAGGCGGUGCUGAAUGGUCUGCUGGACGAACUACGCAAACAGCCGGCGGCCGAGUACUUCCUGAAACCGGUGCGGGGGAAGGACGCGCCCGGCUACUAUCAGAUCGUGCGCCAGCCGAUGGAUCUGACCACCAUGCAGAAGAAGAUUAACAGCGGCGCGUACGGCAGUGCCGCGGAGUUCACGGCCGACGCGGGACUCAUCUUCUCCAACUGCCUCAUGUACAACGACACCAAUGCGCCGAUUUCACGGGACUGCCUGAAGCUGCGCCGGUUCUUUGAGAAGCGCUCCAAGGAGCUCGGCCUGUCGGGUGGCCCGGCGGGGAAGCGGGCCCGCCGCUCGCACUGACACUAGGACAUAUUAAGGUGGACGGUAGUCAUCCAAACAACUCAUCCAGUCAUCUGAGUCAUCGUGUUUCAUCUAGAGUCAUCCGAGUCGGCGCGGAACGGCCCGGUCGCCGGCGGAGACCGCGGUAGGACCCGAGUGGCGUGAUUCAGAUCAGGUCAGACGCAAAGCGGUGGAGACUCGUGGAACGGGUGGGGGGCCCCGGGCCGUGUCAGAUCCCGUGGCGCCUCCCCGGCAGAUGUUGAGCCUGAGUCAGAGCCUGAGUUUGAGCCUCGUGGCGGACGUGCCGUGUGACAUUGGUCUGCUGGUUAUCGGAGCCGUGGUGUAGUGGGAAGAAUUGAGUCAGCUCAAAGGAAUUAGGAGGAAAGUUGAGAUGGUUUCAUUUGUCCUGGCGAGUACCGGGUGAGGUUUCAGCCGAGAUUAUGACGCACAGAUCAACCAGCUUUGUAAAGUGUUCACGCGAUUUUAUUUUGAAAAUCACGUUCUGGGUCUGUUGGCUGUUGUGUGUAAAGGUUUCAUAGGGAGUUUGCUCAUUUCACAAUAAUCAUAGCUUAGCAUCAUUUUUGUCGGCGUCAGCUCUGUGGCUUUUUGUUAUCGGCUGAGGCUCGUUCUCAGAGCUGGCGAGCACAGUCACGGAGUGGCUUUAGUUGGCGAGCACAUGCAGUUUGGUCUGAGAACUAUGCGACGUUAGGAAAGGGGCUGAGGUGAGCUCUGCUAGAUGGAGAAUGAACUAGACCGAUACAACAGGGAGCGGUCGAAGUACAUGCUCCUCACGUCUUCCUCCAGUUACCUCCACAUCGCAUUGUCAUCCUGCUCCAUUCAUCAUUCACCCUGUGACGCGGAACCCCUUAGUCCCGUCCAAUCACUCGCCCAAGUCGGUUAGUUCUCAACUCCACCGCCAGGCGGCCUGUGUGGCCCCUAACCGGGGGUCCGCGCGCGGCCCGAGCGAGCACGGCAGGACAGGCGUCUUCACAGUACCUCGGAGUGGCUUUUACGGCGUGCGAGAGCGCUCGAUGGGCUCGAUACAAUGCCUUGUUGGUCUCGCUCAGUGAUCAGUGGCAGUGGAGUGGUAGGUAAAUGUUAGAUCCUUUGUGCCCGGCAGUCGACAGCAGUGUACGUUUCUUGGAGGUAGUCAGGUAAAUAAAUUAUUUUCUACAACUA